UGUGUAUCGACGCGUCGCCAGGUACCCCAAGCUGGCUUUUUUUCAGGUUGACGUUACGCUUUUGAAUACGUUACGUGUCAAAAUACCCCAUCUCCUCUAUAAGAGCAUUCCAGUUUUUACAUCAGAGUGCUCCACAAGAGUCGCCGCCACAAGAACGCAGUCUUAAGCAUACCAAAAUGGCUCCUAAAGUGGCUUCGAAAAAGGUCACCGUCAAGAAAGUCUCGGUUUCGGCAGACGGUGCCAAAGUCGAUAAAAACAUUCUUUCCAGUUCGAUCGAUCCAUCAAUGGAAAAAUGGUACAGCGUUGCCAACCUUGCGAUGACUGCUAUUGCUUUCUUUGCAAGAUUUUACUACAUUUGGUAUCCUAAUGAAGUCGUUUUUGAUGAAGUUCACUUUGGUAAGUUUGCCUCAUACUAUCUUGAAAGAACGUACUUUUUUGAUCUACAUCCUCCAUUUGCCAAGUUACUCAUCGCCUUCGUAGGCUGGCUUGUUGGCUUCGAUGGAAAAUUCAAAUUCACUGACAUAGGUGAUAGUUACAUUGACAACUCUGUCCCAUAUAUCCCACUAAGAGCUCUUUCUGCCGUGUUAGGAACUCUAACAGUUCCUCUAAUGUUUCUGACUUUGAAAGAGUGUAACUACUCUAUUUGGGCCUGUAUUGUGGGAUCUGCCAUUGUUGCACUUGACAAUGCUCAUGUUGCAGAAACAAGAUUAAUUCUACUUGACUCAACAUUAAUCAUCUCUAUUGCAGCCUCCAUGUACUGUUACAUAAAGUUCACUAAGCUAAGAAAGGCACCAUUCUCUGUUGACUGGUACAAAUGGCUCUUCCUGACCGGUGUUUCACUUUCUUGCGUCAUCUCAACAAAAUACGUCGGUGUCUUGACAUUUUUCUCGAUUGGCGUUGCAGUGGCGGUCGAUUUGUGGCAGCUUUUAGACCACAGAACUGGUUUGAGCAUAAGACAAUUUUUCAGACACUUUAUUGCUCGUUUCAUCCUAUUAAUUGUUGUUCCGUUUUUCAUCUAUCUUGGUUGGUUCUACAUCCAUUUUGCAAUCUUGACCAAAUCAGGUCCAGGUGAUCCAUUCAUGAGCUCUGAAUUCCAAGAAACCCUUGGCGAUUCGCUCCUUGCUAGAGAAGCAAAAGAGGUGAAUUAUCAUGAUAUAAUUACGAUUAAGCACAAGAAUACCGACUGUUUCUUACAUUCUCAUUCUUACAGAUACCCAUUACGUUACGAAGACGGUAGAAUUUCUUCUCAAGGACAACAAGUCACUUGUAUAAAUGCUGACAUUGUGAAUUUGGGUGACCAGUGGGAGAUUUUACCAGCAACUCCAUUCAAAGGUGACAAGCUUGGUCAUCCAGUCUUACAAGGUGACACUUUCAGACUAAAACAUAUCGAAACUGAAGGUUAUUUGCUAACUCAUGAUGUCGCAUCACCACUUUAUCCAACGAACGAGGAAUUUACCGUUGUUCCGAUCGAAGAAGGUGACGGCCCAAGCUUUAAUGAUACUUUGUUCAAAUUCGAUCCGGUAGAUAAAAAAUCCGAUACGCAUUUGAAAACUAAGAGUUCUAUUGUCAAAUUCUUACAUGUGCCAACCGUUGUUGCCAUGUGGACUCAUAACGAUGUGUUGCUACCUGAAUGGGCAUUCAAUCAACAGGAAGUUAACGGUAAUAAGAACAUUCAGGAAAAUGAAAACAACUGGUUCAUUGAUCAAAUCAUUGGUUUAACAGGACCAAGGGCUGAGUUCGUUCCAAAGCCAAUCAAAAAGUUACCUUUCUUGAGAAAAUGGUGGGAAUUACAAUUCUUGAUGUUUGAGCAUAACAACAACUUAUCUUCUGAACACCCAUUCGCAUCACAGCCUGGUGAAUGGCCACUUUGCAUGUCUGGUGUUUCAUUCUGGACUAACAAUGACUUGAGACGACAAAUUUUCUUCAUUGGUAACAUUCCGGGCUGGUGGUUUGAAUGUGUCAUGAUGGUUGCAUUCGUUGCCAUCGUUGCAUUUGACCAGCUAACAGUCCAUAGAGAUGUUCACAUUUUAACCGAAAAAUCCAGAGCUAGACUGUAUAAGAAUAUUGGUUUCUUUUUUGUUGCUUGGAUACUACAUUAUUUCCCAUUCUUCUUGAUGUCAAGACAAAAAUUCUUGCAUCAUUACUUACCAGCACAUCUACUGGCUGCUUUAUUUGCAGCCGCGUUGUUAGAGUUCUUAUUCACUAACAACAGAACAAAGGAAUGGGCCACUCCUUCCGAAAACCCAAACUCUUUGAAUACGUUACCUUUCGUUUCAUUUGUGGCUCUUUUAUUGGCGGUUCUUGUAUCAGGAUUUAUCUUUUUUGCACCAUUGACAUACGGUAACGUUUCCUUGACUGUUCCAGAGGUCUUGAGCAGACAAUGGAUGAGCAUAAAAUUACACUUCAGUAAAUAAAACUAACUUUUCAAAUCUUCCGUUCAGGGAAUAACAUAUUGUUCUUAUAAUU